AUGGCAGCGGCCGAGGCAUUGCAGUCGAUCCUGCUGCGCCUCUGUGUGCUGUGUUCCACGUCACUACAAACCAUCCAAACGUCGCCUACAGAGACGAUUGACCGCGAGACAAGCAGGCAGGAUGGACGCGCACUCAGUGAGAAACUAUACCAAGACCUUUUGAUACUGAAUCAGCAGGUUCGGAAAGAAGCGACGGCGCUUUCUCUCGCUAUGCGCCCAUCGUCGCGCGAGAUGCAUGACGAUGCCGACCCCCUCGAUGGACUCGAUGAGAAGAGCAUUGAAGCCGCGUCCCACUUGCUCCAGUCUCUCGCUACAGACGCCGUGCCCAAACUCGUGUUCCUAGCCAAUCUCGCUCAAAAGAACCAGCGCGUUUAUGACACGACUGACGCUGUUGCCAACGACACGAGCCUGCAGGAAGCUCGUGAAAUGGGCGCCCACAUCGUUCUUGGUGAGAACGCCAUGGGUAAGCAUGUUGUAUCGGCAUCGGUCGGCUCCUUGUUUGCGAAUGAUGUGCGUCGGUACACGGCCGACGUCAUCGAGACCAUUGGCCUGCUGUGCCAAAGUUUUAUGAACGUACGCACGCGUACCGUGCUCGCUCGUGCCCAAGAGAAGCGCGGCGAACAAUCCGAGUCGCCCACACCUCCUUCUCGCCAAGCGUCUCUGGCUCUGACCAAAAAGCUCUGGACGCUGUGUGAUGCUGCCGAAGGCGACAAGACACAUACACCUGCAUAUAUCGCGCGGCUUCCACGAAACAACUAUGAAGCUUUGUAUAAGUUAGCGCGCCAGCAUGAGCUGGUGAUGCGAGACGGCGUCACAGAACUGGAAGAAAGCUUGGAGAAUGACUCCUUGGAUUCGCCUCAACCUCCUUCCGACGAUGUCGAGGACAUGUGGGAGCGGCAUGUGCAGCUGAGUGAAGAAGAGAAAAAGGCGGUGCGAAACGUACUAGACCUUGUGCGAUCUGGUAUCGCCUUGCUGAAACAGGCCAUGUCAGCCGCCGCCGCAGCCAAGGACGUGGAUUUGGAUCGUGUGGCUGAGCUCAUGGAGGAACUCGCAUCGACACAAGACGAUCUGAUUGCCUCUGUGCUCUAUGAAGAAGAGACGGACGAGGGGCUUGGCGAGGUAGCACAAGCCUAUGUGGAUGCGUGCGAAGCGCUCCACGAAUGUGUCGAUACGUCGUCAGGCAUGGAUGCCAUCGAAGCAGCAUGGCAUUCCUUGUCACUAUAG